AUGAGUAUGCAUGAAGAGACCUUUCAAUCGUUACGGACAAAAAACAAACUCACUUAUAACAACUACUGUCAUCCACGUCCACGUUCAAAUCCAAGUGUUCGUAGCCUCAGAGAUUUUCGCAAACGUCCCACCACAUCCAGGGUUUGGCUUACACACGACAGUCAAUCUGUUCGGAAAGCACAUAAUGCUGGAAGAGCUCAUUUACAAAAUGUACAAGAUUACUAUGCUCGUGUAGCUCAAGAAGAAGCGCAAAAACGUUUAUCAGAAAUGAGUUCUUCUGGCUUAAAACAAAAAGAAAACGGUACACUGAACUUACCACAUGUCUUCGCUUUUCCACCGAAACCAGUAUAUACAGGAUUUGCACUUCCUCCUCCUCCACUCAUAAUUCCUUCCACGAUGUACACUUCAGCUCCUCAAAUACCACAAGCUGCAGCUGCUCCUUUGGCUGCAGCUGCUGCGCAAACUCUUCCUACUGCUCCCAGUCGGGCAAAUGCCGCACAAUCCCAACAACAGCGCCCAAAUCGUCAUCGUCCAAAUGGACAUAGACCGAUGCACUUGUCUCGCAACUAG